CCUAUAAUCUCUGGUAUUGGAGGAUCAUUAUUUGAAACUUCUCAGUGAGCCCUGAUAGGGCAUGAACCCAUUUAUUUCCCUCCAAAAAUGAUAAAAUAUUCAUAUUAUUAAUAGUUCUCAUUCAGUUCAAUUCUCUAAACCUUGUUGGUUAAGCUAGAACUUCAUUUUCGAUGAACUUGAAGUAAACACAACAACAAUUGAAAUUACUAAUAAUGAGCCGAAAUGCAUCAUCACAGGCGAAACAAUGGGUGGCUGUUAUGCAGACGUACGAUUUCACAAAAGUCCAAAGAGAAUUAAAGAAUUACCGAUUUGAUGAUAAGGCCAGCCAGAACAAAACCCUGUUGAGGCUUCUGAUCUACCUCUGCCAAACAGCAACAAAAUGUCCUUCACCGAGUGCACAGACUGGCUCCGACAUAUCAGACCUCCUAGAAACGAUCUGCAGGGAUCUCGCCCCAAUCCCCAGCACAUCCGACUACUUCUGCAGUCUCUACCACAUAAUCCGAGUCCUCCUGGACAUCUGGCUCUUCGAAAAAGCCAUGAGAAUUAGUAACUACCUCAUGCCCUCAUCAGUCUGGCACCGCCAGAUGCUCAACGAGACUAAAAACCCCAGCGACAACUACAUGAAGCUCUGCUCGAUCUUCUACUUCUCAAUCGACAAAUUUCUGAGAUCGAAGACGCCAGGAUCGCUGACUCCCCCCAUCUUCCAGCAAAUCCUGACUUUCAUCGAGUAUCAAUUGAGCAUAGAAGAGCUGACGAAAACCGAUGGCUCCAAGUCCCUCUUGCUGAAGCUCCUCCAUUACACAGAGCUUCUGAAGCACCUCCAGUGUACCCACGAAGACUUCGACAAAUUCACCGACAAGUGCUACGUCAAAUCCCUGAGCUCCAUAACCCUCCAGUUGGGUGACAGAAACCGAUCUCCAACGUACGAAAAUUUCACCAAAAUCAUCACCACACUGUCCCUCCACUACAUAAAGAGCAAAAGACUGGACACCCUGGGAAAAAUCCUGAAGAAAUUGCUGACGAUUUUUGAUAACUGCAUGUUGGAGAGUCGCGAGUCAUCGAAAUGUCACCAGCUCCUCAUCCACUUUCGCAAGAUCUUCUUCAGACACCGGACGAGUUCUCCCCAAAUUGAUUCUGAUGAGAUAAACGAACUGAUCCGAAACUUCCAGGAGCACAUCCUCAGCUACAGUGAGAACAGUCUCGUGAAGUUCAACAUCUACACAAUUGCCUCUAUCCUGGAGGCCCUGUUCAGCCUCUGGUGUGACUCUCCCGAGAGUAGUCGGGACUACCUGACCGCAGAGGUGAUCAUCAGCACAUCAGAGCUCAUGAACUACCUCUCAGAGAUCAUCAGGAAUUAUCCAGUGGAUUCCCUCUGUAGAUGUGGAAGUAAAAGCUGUCUGGAAACUAAGGAUAAACUGAAGUCCAGUCAGUUAAAAAGCAAAACAGCAUUGCUGCUUUAUCGACUGUGCCCCAAGUCGGAACUACCCCCAAGAUUUUUCGAGCAAUUCACGCGAGCUUGUUCUCAAUCCGUAAACCUCCUCCACGAUCUCCAGGAGAAGAAUUGCGAGAGAUGGAAGGAUCAGUGGUUCAACAUUGCAGCUGCUACGUACAACAUCACCCUGAACUUUGGCUCGAGUCAUUACGAGAAGAGUUUGUUGCUCUUGAAGUUCCUGGCGAGCAGUAUUAUCAGGCUCAAAGCCACUGGCGAUGACAAGACGUUUUUCCAGUCGCAGUCAGCGCCUCCACUGAUUCUAGCCCUCCACAGACUGUCCAACAUGUACUACGGAAAUAAUCAGCUCCACGAAGCUAGAAUAUUCACUGCCAUCAACGUGUUCUUACACCCAAAUCAUCCAGAGUGCAAGGGCUAUCGUAACUGGUCCUUCAUUCAUUACAAGGAUCCUUCCUCCAGACGACUGACUCUCGUGAAGUUCCUCUGGAAGCAUGCGGAUGACAUGAGGGUACUCGGUCUGGGGCCCAUCAGACUGAAGAACGAAGUGCUGCAGGACAUCUGCUUCAGGGAGAUAAAAUCCCACAUUGCGAUGAAAUGGGACCUCUCUGAGUGCAUCCUGUCUGUACUGGAUACUCUCGAAACCCUGAAUGCUGAUGCGAUCGCUUAUGGAACAGCUGUUCAUCAGUUGGGACACCACAAUCUGCUGUUCCAGUCGAAGACGUCUCUCUCUGAUCAUUUGAGGGAAGCCAGGGAGAGACUCCAGGCCCUGAAGCCUGACAGUUCUAGUCUCCAGCACGUUCAGUACCUCACGUCACAUUUAGCUCUUUAUGAUGUCCUCGAGGAGAUUAGAUCACUCGAGGAGGCGACGAAAGCCGAAAUGAAGGACACCACUAUCAAAUUUUUCACAGCGUCCACCAAUGGCCUCAGCACCAAAGGCUCCAACGUCGUUCCCGGAUUCAGUCAGAUAAACACGACGACUGCGAAGAAACUUGCGUCGAGGCUAGAGGACAUCUACAAUUUAUGGAAGAAGUGGCUCACCCUCAAGACAGUAGCAAAGUGGAAUGCCUUUGAUGGCACGUCGACGACUAAAGCUGUCAUAGUGGCUGGAGAAAUCUGUCGAUUUUAUCGAUACAGAAAUCUUGAGAUUAAAUUCUGGAAAAUGGGGUACGAACUGGCAGUGAAAAGCGAGAAUCCCGAGUCCAUUGUCUACAUCACCGGUCGCAGUACGAUGUCUCGAUACAUCAGGGAGGACUGGAUAAAGAAUUCAAGUGAGAUAAUCGCUAAUGAUCUUGUCAACUCGAAGGACUCGAAGGUACCAGCUGUUAUCGCGAUGUUUAAAAUGAGUUUGGCAGACUACUACUACUACAUUGGUAGAACUGAAGAGGCUGACAAGCUCUUCGACGAGGGGACCAAUGCAGCAACUCUGAAUUUGAGUGAGAACUGCGGGACAUUCAUCUUGCGGCAGCACAUCAUCCUCACUCAUCGUUUCCACAAUAUUCCAGCUGAGAGAAGAAAUAACCUCGAGUACACUGGCGUUAUCGCCCACAUCCUCUACGCAAUGCUCUUCAUUGACGACACAGUUACUGAUCUGAAAGACCUCUCGUGGGGUCUCUAUCAUCUGGAUAUGCUGCAGGAGAUCUCCUGCAACAUCGCCAUCAGGAUGAAUGCCCUCUUCUCGUUUCGAGAGAUCGUAGCUCAUCUGGCGAGACGUCUGAAGAUCUAUCAGCCGAAGAUAUCGGUCAUCAGGGUGGCUGAGCUGCUCAAGUACCUCUGCUUCAUUGAUCUCUCGAGGAAUCAGCUGGAGGAUUGUGAGGUCAAGCUUCAGGGGAUGGAGUAUAUUCUGCAAAUGGAGAUGGCUGAGGAGUCAGAGCAUAGGGAGUUCGUGAAAAUCCCUGAAUCAUCGACGUUCACAAGCACUGUUUCACCUCAUCGAGGGGUUGAUCCCAUCAGGGACAUUCCACACAACGACUCCUCGCCGAUUCUGAGACGUGAAAAAUUUGCGACUCCUGAUUUCGUGAGCCAUGGACAGCAGUGCGAGUGCUUCAGGUGUAGCAAUGAGGCUUACAAGUUCCUUGUUUUCUCUUGUACUCAUAUCAGGGCUCAGUUGUACACCCUUCAGAAUCUCAAGCACUACGCCAGGCAGCACUUCGAGAUGGCUUUGAACAUCAGCAAGACAUUAUUGGAUCUCUCCAGGAAAGAGAAUAAUUAUCAGUUCCAGUAUAUUAUCGAUUACGUUCUCUUUUUGCUGGACUACGCGAGAUUCCUCAAGAGGGAUCUCAGUACCUACGACGAAGGGAAGAAGGUCGUCAGCUGGAUACUGAACAUCUGCGAUAUUUACAGACUAAAGUGUCAUCCUGUAUUCGAGAGUGCUAUGGACAUCAUCGCUGAGUACCGGUUCGAGGAAGUCCUCUCCGAAGGACUGCCCAGGUCUAAUCUAGUCAUCCCAGCAGUGGAUGACCUUGAUAUCAAGGAUUAUUUGGACCCCCAGGUGGAAACUGAUGAUGCUCUCUGUGUCACUCCAUCGAAAGCCAGUGGAGACAGCCCCAGGCCGAGGUCGAAGUCACCUCGGAGGAAUAAAGCUCCACUCUUGACAUUCAGCAAAGCCACUGUUGACGUUGUCGAGAGCGAGCCUGAGGAGGUGAGUUCCCUUGUGGUGGCUGAUAAAAGGAAGACCAGGACAGUGACGAAGGUCAGGCCAGUGCGCAGGAGACUCGUCGAAGACGAUGAGUUCAGUGAGGUCGAGGGGGCGACGAGUGGGGAAGAGUCUGUGGAGAAAAUGGGGGAUCGAUGUCUCAGGUUCAAGAAGUUGAUUGAUGAGGCAAUUGUCGUAGCGCCAGACCUGUCUCGGAAGCUUCACGUUCUCAGGCGGAAGUGGGAGACUCCAAUCGCUGAUGAUGUCCUCCAGAAGUUGAUUGACAUUCUGGAGGAGGCGAAGAGUGAGCACCAGCUACGAAAGACUAGGAGGAGGAGGGCUUUGACAAGUGACGAGGAGCUGAUGAAUGUUCGUGGUGUGGAGAGGGUCGUGAAGGCUGCUAAGGCGAUGAUGGCUGAGGCCAGUGGAACUCCUGAGGUUCCUCAAGCGCCUGCCAAAGGCUCCAGCAGAAGGAGGCCCUCCAGGAAGGGAUCCACUGAUUCUGCAGUAGUGAAUAUCAUUAAAGGGGUUGAGAAACUGGCUAUCAGAACGUCUGGGGUAAAAGCUGAUGCGGUUUCCAAAAGUGUUGGGGAACGGUCUGUGAGGAGCAGUCGGUCUAGGGGUCAGAGUGCCUCGGGGAUCGGGGGUAAUGAUGGGGAGGUUGGAGCCAGUGAUGAUGAGGUCGUAGAGUCUAGCUACGUCGAGCCUAGGCGCUCUCGCAGGCAUCUGGGGAAGGAUUCUAGUACUGAAACCAAAUUAUCUCGGAAGAGAUCAUAAAUUAGGAGAUAGGAAAAUUCAGGUUAAACGAGUGAGAUUUUUUGUACUUUUGUACUGCAUUUUUUAGGAGAGUGUGAGAUGUGGAUUGUUAAUAUUUGGGGUGCAGUGGGGGAGGUCAGAAUUUUUAUUUAUAAUUUUCUGGUGAUUAUCAACUUCUGUAUAAUAAUCUUUAAAAAAUUAAUUUAUCUGUUUAGAAGAAAUUCGAGACGGUCUCAGUGGAAGACCUAUAAUUAGUUUUGUAUAAAAGUAACUUAAAAAAUCUCAGGAACUUAUAGGCUUCAGGUAAAUCAAAGGCAGUUGGGAGCUGAUGCUGAUCGUAAUCGAUCGAUAUUUGUUGAUGUAAAUUUAGGCAAUUGAAGCAUGUACUUUCAGAAAUAAAAUGUGUUAUAUAUUUUAAUUUUCUAUUUCAUCUCCAGUAGUAGAUUUCCUAGUGAAAGAGUUAAACCAGUUGAGCCCAAGGUAAAACGUUUCUUCAACUGAAUUCU